AUGGCGGACACAAUCACAAUUCCAUCGCCGUCGGUCUUUCUCCGUGCCUCGCCGGACCCUGUUCCCGGGCUUGAUAACAGCCAGCAAGGAUUCGACGACGAGCAAAACAAGACGGCUNNGCCGCCAAAAGCGAACCACGACGAGAAAAAGUCUGUCGCCUCGACAGCAAAACCUCGUCGUGAAGGUGCUGCUGUAGCCAAACCCAAGCAAUCCAAGAGUCGUAACGCCAAGCGUCUAAAAUGCGAUGAGAAGAAACCUGGAUGCGAGCAAUGCAAGAAACGAAACGUAGACUGUGGUGGCUACAAGAAGGACUUCAAGUGGAGGCCCUUUGAAGAGACCAACGUCGCCUCCAACAUUGCCAAACAGAACAACGGAUGUGAGUAUUCGGAAGCCGCGGGACUCAACAUCUUGAAGUGUCAAAAUGUCGAGUCCUUGGAACUUACCUGCUUUUGCCAUCUAUGCCAGAUCGUUUUCGCUAACGCACGUCUUCUGCANGCUUUGAUCGUGCUGGGUAACACAGCUGACAGCUCGGGAAAACGAAGCCCAGUAUCACCGCCAGCGAGAGCACCGUCGUCGGAAGCACCGGCUCAGUUAUCAUCGUCGUUCGCACAGCAGCUGUUCGUGGCUGCUCCGGCACAGCCGAGUGUUCCGCGUGCUACCUCUGCCGAAAAGGAGCGCUCGGUCCCUAAUUCAUCGAGAACAUCACCUGCUGAAGUACAAAUCGAGCAAGCUGCAUCCCCUACAGACUCUGCCAACGACGCAGGAACAUCGUCUCGAGGGUCACCUCAUGGCAUACCCGUCAUCGACGGUUCACCGAAAGAGAAUGACAUGACGACGACAGCUAUGAUGCCGGGCACCAAAGAAGUCUUCGACUUCGACAUGCACUUCAUGGAUGAGUUCCUGAACAUGACAGACCCUCCACUCAUGGAGAACAUGGAGAUGGACUUCAAGGAUGUUGAAGAGCUUACCCCAAUCGUGCCAGACUACGAUGCCUGGGCACAACAGCUUUCUCACUGUCCAACAUUCCAAGAUGACAACACCAUGUCGAGUCCGCCGGCCAUGGUGUUCCCCCAACGAAUCACUUACAUGUAUGAGCAGCCCUCGUUCGCACAGACCAGUCCAGAGAUGUUGAUGCUGCGGUUCGACCGACUGACCUGUGGCAUCCUUUCUAUCAAGGAUGGACCAAACGAGAACCCUUGGCGUACAUUGAUCUGGCCGAUGGCUCAGACCUCGCCAGCACUGUACCACGCCAUCUCUUCGAUGACCGCAUUCCACUCAUCUCGUGAUAUCCCCGCUUUACGUGUAGCAGGACACGAGCAUAAGAGUGAGAGUGUGCGGAACUUGCUUGAAGGUAUCGAGGAGAGUACCAUGAACCUUGACACAGCCAUUGCCACCACGCUGGCCCUAGCUUUCGCAGAGACUUGGGACCAGCACCUUUCGAGCGGCAAUGACCACAUCCAGGGUGCCCGAGCUAUGAUUAACAUCGCUCUGAACCAGCACAAGCAGUCGGCUUUGACAGGUCUGAACCUCGCUAGACUUAAGUUCCUUGCCAACGCAUGGGUCUAUCUGGAUGUCCUUUCCCGUGUGACCACCGCAGAUGAAGACACGUCUGACGACUAUGACAAUCUUUAUUGCCUUUACAGUUCGCCUGACAGUCCUCAAGUCGGUCCCUCGGGUCACGCAGGUUUCGGCAUCGACUUUGGUCUGCCGAUAGACUCGACCCUCGAUCCUCUAAUGGGUUGUGCAAGCACUUUGUUCCCAUUGAUUGGUCGAACAGCAAACCUGAUUCGUCGCGUGUACCGCGCCGAGUCGAACUCGCCUCCCAUGAUUAGCCAAGCCAUGGAACUCAAGCUCAUGCUCGAGACCUGGGAACCACCGGCUUUCGUCGACCCACCAGAAGAUCCCACAUGUGAUGUUCGUCAUGCUUUGCAAACAGCAGAGGCGUACCGCUGGGCUACACUCUUGUACCUGCACCAAGCACUUCCUGAGAUCCCUGAACGCCUUACAACGGCAGACAUGGCAAAGAAAGUGCUCGUGUUCUUAGCCACCGUGCCUCUCGCCAGUCGUUGUGUCAUCAUCCACGUCUACCCUCUCUUUAUGGCUGGCUGCGAAGCCGACGUAGAAGAGGACAGACAGUGGAUCAAGAGCCGCUGGUCUGCCAUGUCACAACGCAUGAGAAUCGGCAUCAUUGACAAGUGUGUCGACGUCAUGGAAGAGGUUUGGCGCAGAAGGGACGAGUACAAGAACAAAGUCUUGCCUAACAAGGUUGUGCCCGUGAGACGAAACAUGGUUUCCCCUACAGAUUUGCAUUCAUCUGUUGGCAACAACAGACCGGCGUCAAACAGACGUGGUUCGUCGUUCAACAGCAUUGCAGGUGCAAGUGAAGGUACCAUGGCUUGGGCGAACAAACUGCGACGAAUGACUGUCGGCGACCCAGACAAGAUGGAUUCAGCAUCCAUUUCUUGUCGAGGCUCUCGUGAUGCAGUCAAUGGAGCAACAGGUACACUUCUCACAGUGCGUGGGAGGUUGCAUUGGAUUGGCGUGAUGAAAGAUUGGGGUUGGGAAGGUAAGUUCCUUUGCAAGCAUGUCCGCAUUCUCGCAUAA